AUGCUUAAAUCUUUCUUUUCUUCUUCAUUUGCUAUCUCUCUCCUCUUUUCCCUCUUCUUCUUUAUCUAUCUAGCUUGCUAUCUGUUCAUAUCUAUCUAUCUAUCACAGUUUGUUCAUAUCUAUCUAUCUAUCACAGUUUGUUCAUAUCUAUCUAUCUAUCUAUCUAUCUAUCUAUCUAUCAUAGGCUGUUCAUAUCUAUCUAUCUAUCUAUCUAUCUAUCUAUCUAUCUAUCACAGUUUGUUCAUAUCUAUCUAUCUAUCUAUCACAGUUUGUUCAUAUCUAUCUAUCUAUCUAUCUAUCUAUCUAUCUAUCACAGUUUGUUCAUAUCUAUCUAUCUAUCUAUCUAUCUAUCUAUCUAUCUAUCUAUCUAUCUAUCUAUCUAUCUAUCUAUCACAGUCUGUUCAUAUUUAUCUAUCUGACAAUAUCUGCCGAUACAUUUUGUCUUUUAUUCUUCUCUCCUACUUUCUCAUUUUCUCUCUUUCUCCUUCUUUCUUUUUCUCGGUCUCGCCCCUCUCUCCCCUAUUUCUCUCUCUCUCUCUCUCUCUCUCUCUCUCUCUCUCUCUCUCUCUCUCUCUCUCUCUCUGCAUCUGUCUAUCUAUCUCUGUUCACAUUAAUUUCCACUUUUCUAUUUUCCCUUACUUGUUUCUUUCUUUCUUUUUCUUGUUAUUUCUAGUUUAUCUCUUUCAUCACCUCCCCACUUUUAUUUAUCCUUUCUUUUUUUGUCAUCUAUUACUUCUAACCAUUUUAUCUUCUUCUUCUUCUUCUUCUUCUUCUUCUUCUUCUUCUUCUUCUUCUUCUUCUUCUUCUUCUUCUUUCCACCUCAGUCUUUCUCUCUCUCUCUCUCUUCUCUCUCUCUCUUUCUUUCUUUCUUUCUUUCUCCUUUUGAAUACGAUCUCUCUCUCUCUCUCUCUCUCUCUCUCUCUCUCUCUCUCUCUCAAUCCUUUGUAUAUUUAUAUUACUUUUUGUAUAGGGUUUGCACUGCUCCUUUUAAUCUUAUGGAGCUGA